CAACUCGUUCGUUCCUGGUGUUGCCCUAAUUUUUCUACAUAGUUUUAUUAUUAUUUUUUUUUGGUGGGUUGGUUUGGGAAGGUAGAGAAGAUGGACACUGUUGCUUCCAACAUUACAGGAGAUUGCAAAACUCUUCCCUCUCACUGGGAAUUCACCUGUGAUUUUGAAGUAGAUUAUGAGUCUGAUGAAAAUGCACACAUUGUCUACUCGGCAUUAGCUGUUGAUAAGGAGUUGCAACCAGACAAAGUGAAAAGGCAGAUGUCGGUGUCUAAUGGAAAGCUUUCUGUGCAUUUUGAAGCGGUUGAAGCAAGAUUUCUUCGUGCAUCAUUUAGUGCUUUUGUAGACGUUCUUUCGCUUGCCACAAAAACCAUUGAAGAAUUCAGUGAAGGAAUGGAAUUAUGACUUUCCAUAGAGCUCUGUACUUCCUAAGUUUUUGGCUGUAGCUUGAAUUCUUGGUUCAUGUCCUCUUUGGAUACCAUUAAUUUUAUUUUGUUACAAGGGCGGACCCUAAUUAUACUCGAUUAAUCUACAACCAUUUUGUUUUUAAAGAAAUCUGCAGCUGUUUUGGUCGUUUUCUAACUUUUGCUGGGACAACAUAUGUGAUGUCAUAACAGUUAUGUAUUAUCAUGAUUUUUUUUUUCCUGUUGAUUUUGUAUGUAUCCGCCCCCAUGCUCCAAGCA